AUGACUUCUUGUUUGGGCUAUUUUAAUCAAGCCGUCCUGCACGUCUUCAAACAAGACUUUGAGCUGGGCACGGUGGCGCACGAUUUUAAUCCAAGCGCUCAGGAGGCAAAGGCAAGUGAAUCUCUCUUCAGGAUCAUCCCUGCUGUGGCGGAUGGGGAGUUGUUUCCCAGGCAUCCUGAGAAGCUGUUUGUCUCUGCUGAUUUUCGACCUGCCCCCAGCAUCAUAGGUAUCACCAAUGAUGAGUAUAGCUGGGACAACCCAAUGUUUCUGUAUAAUUAUUCGGAUAUGGGUGCCCAGCAAACGAAAGAACAGCCUCUCAGUCUCCGUUUACAGAGCAUGACACCUCUUCCAUGCCCAGAUAAGGAAAGUGAGGUAAUGAUGCUCCAGGACUUCCUCAAACUCCUCAAAGGCCAUGAUAUAACCAAGGCCUUUCCCGAGGCUCAUGCUUCAGCCUUGGAGUCUUCAAUCCCAUACACUGCCAGCCAUUGUGACAACAUUAGGUCCCUUUGCCCUUGUCUAUUCCAACACCCACCCAACUUCUUCAAAGAUGUUAGGCCACCCUAUAUGAAGGCCAGCCAUGGUGAUGACAUUUUCUUUGUCUUUGGAUUCUCAUUCUGGGGCAGCAAAUUUGACUUCACUGAUGAGAUGCGGCUACUGAACAGAAGGAUGACGAAGUACUGGUCCAACUUUGCAAGACAUGGGAACCCCAACAGCAUGGACCUGCCCCACAGGCCUGUGUUUAACCAGGAUGAACUGUACCUGCAGCUGGACGUCCAGCCUACUGUGGGGCUAUGCUCUAAAGGCCAACAGGACGCAGUUCUGGACCAAGAGUCUGCCCCAUAA